UCAAGACCUGAAAUUGAACCCUAAAUGGUUGUUGUCUCUGACAUGCAUGAAUGCAGAGGAAGUAAAGGCAAGAUCAGAAGAACCAAAACUCUCAAGUACUGUUCUUCACAAACCCUUAAAAAGUGAACCAACAAAACCAGAAGAAGCAACAAGAUCAGUAAAAAGUCAAAAUCAACGUCCUAAGAGUUUCUUCAGCUCCAAGAAACUCAAUGCUAGCAUCAUAAGCUCAGAAAGAACUCGGAGUUUAAGCUCUCUGACCAUAGCUGCGUUUGUGGUUUUAUUCCCAAGAUUGAACAUUAUAAGCUCAGACACUAUCUUAGCUUUGAGACCUCUUUGGUUGCUUAUUCUUACAGAUUGUGCUAUUGUAAUGUCUCAUCUCACCAUGGAAACUUCUGGAGGAGGAUUGAGCCAUGAGAUGGAAGAUGAAGGAAAGAGUAAAGAUGGUAAUAAUGGAGAAAAUUGGUCUGAUGCAGAGAAGCUUCUAGAAAGAGGAGUUGUUGUGUAUCAAGCUCUUCGUGGAAUGUUCAUAGAUUGUAGUCUCUAUAUGAGCUUCCACGAAAAUACCACGGUGGCAGAAGUGACGGCAGCGACAGAGGUGGAAACCACCGCCGGUCAACGUAGCGGUGGCGGUGGAAAGAAGAAGUGUGUGUGUUCACCGUCGAAGCAUCCAAGAUCGUUCAAGUGUAGGCUUUUGGGUAAAGUGGCAUUGAUUACUGGAGGAGCCACUGGGAUAGGUGAGAGCAUUGUUCGUCUGUUCCACAAGCACGGUGCAAAAGUCUGCGUUGUUGAUUUGCAAGAUGAUCUCGGAGGUGAGGUGUGUAAAAGUCUGCUCUGUGGUGAGACGAAGGAGACGGCUUGUUUUAUCCAUGGAGAUGUUAGAGUGGAGGAUGACAUUAGCAAUGCAGUUGAUUUUGCGGUCAAAAAGUUCGGGACGCUUGAUAUACUUAUCAACAAUGCGGGAUUAUGCGGAGCUCCGUGCCCUGAUAUCCGUAACAAUAGUUUGAGUGAGUUCGAGAAGAUCUUUGAUGUGAAUGUGAAAGGAGCUUUUCUAAGCAUGAAACAUGCGGCUCGGGUAAUGAUACCGGAGAAGAAAGGGUCGAUAGUUUCCUUAUGUAGUGUGGGAGGUGUUAUGGGAGGCAUUGGUCCACAUGCUUAUGUCGGUUCCAAGCACGCUGUUCUAGGCUUGACUAGGAGUGUUGCAGCCGAGCUUGGACAGCAUGGGAUACGUGUGAACUGUGUUUCGCCUUAUGCAGUUGCAACCAAACUCGCUUUGGCUCAUUUGCCAGAGGAAGAAAGAACGGAGGAUGCAUUUGUUGGUUUCAGGAAUUUUGCUGCUGCAAACGCGAAUCUAAAAGGUGUCGAACUGACGGUUGAUGAUGUAGCGAACGCUGUUCUGUUUUUGGCGAGCGAUGAAUCGCGUUACAUAAGCGGGGAUAAUCUGAUGAUUGAUGGAGGAUUCACUUGCACUAACCACUCCUUUAAAGUCUUCAGAUGAUCCAUUUUGCUAAUGACGGUUGUUUAAUGUUUAG